UUCAAUUAUACUCGAAUGACGGGAGAACAAUAUGAUCAUCUUCUACAUUUACUGCAAGAUAAACUACAGAAGCAAGAAACACGUUUUAGGAAAUCAAUUUCAGCGUCUGAGAGACUUGCCAUCUGUUUAAGAUUUCUAGCAUCUGGAACUAAUUAUACAGACCUGGCAUACACUUUCCGUGUUUCUAAAUCUUCAGUUUCACAUAUUAUUCGAGAGACCUGUGAUGUCAUAUGGCAAGUCUUACAGCCACUGGUUAUGGCUAUACCAGCAUCAUCAGAUGAAUGGGCUGUAAUAGCAGAAGGUUUUGAAUAUAAAUGGAAUUUUCCCAACUGUGUUGGUGCAAUCGAUGGUAAGCAUAUCAGAAUACAAGCUCCACCGUCAGCUGGAAUCAACAUAUUAUAA